AUGGAUUAGCAGAUCGAUGAAGAUGUCUACCUUAAGUAAAAUUAUAAGGUUGUAAGGGAAAUGGGAAGAGGUGGCUAUGGAGUCGUUUACAAGGCUCUGGGACUUAAUUAGGGUCAAAUUGAGAAAACCAAAAAAUAUGCUAUCAAAGUUAAUUUUUCGACUGUGUCUCCAGAAUUGAUUUUUGCAGAAAUUGGAUUUUUAAAAUUAGUGUAUGGUAAGGAGAAUAUGCCACAACUGGUGAAUCUAUUUUUGAAGGAUCAAAAAAUAUACAUCGUAAUAGAAUACUUUACUUAUAAGCCAUUUAUUACAUUCUUUGCAAACUUUGACAUGAUGCAAAUAAGAAAAUAUCUAUAUGAAUUAUUGAAGGCAUUAAACAUAUUAAAACAAAAUGGAAUCUAUCAUAGAGAUGUGAAACCUGGUAACUUUCUUUACAAUCCUAAAACCUGCAAGGGAAUUCUGAUUGAUUACGGUCUCAGUGAAAUUGAUAGGUCAUUUGUUGCAAAACUGAUAGAAAAAGAGAAGGAUCUGUCCAAGAAUAAUCCUUAAUCUGAUGAAGUUUAAGAGAUACGAAGGAAAAUCAAUUUAUAUAACGAAAUUUAAAAAACAAUCGAUUAAAUAGGAUAAAAUAAAAUCGGCACAGAAAGCUUUAUGCCUUUAGAAAGUAUCUUACAUUAUCAUGUAUUAUAUAAAAUUAAGUUUAAAUAGGAUCAAUCCUAUGAAGUUGAUAUGUGGGCAGUAGGAGUUAUAUUUUUACAAUUUUUAACCAAGAAAUAUAAUCUAUUUAGCAAUGUCAGAAUGAUUAAUAAACCUGUCAAUACAAAGAAUUUCUUCUAUGUUAACUUUAUUUUGGAGUUAGCCAGCUUAUUCGGAUCUGAAUAGGUAAGGCAGAUUUGUGACUUGUUCGAAUAUGAUUUAAAAUUGCCAUCAGUGUCAGCUACAAAACCAAUCAAAUGGAAAUAAAUUAUAAACAUGGAAGGAUUUGAUGAUAAUGCCGAAGACUUAUUAACCAAAUUACUUUGUUUGCAUCCUAAAUAGAGAAUUAAAGUUGAAGAUGCAUUAAAGCAUCCUUUCUUCCAAACUGUGAUAUCUUAAGAAGCGCAAGCAGAUACAAACCUUUAAUUAGAAUAGGAAUUUAAUGUGAUUAAACAAAUUGAAAUAUGA